AUCGAUAUAUCGUUAUUUGUUGUAUAGCUCUCUUAUUUCAAUUCGCUUGGAGUGUGUGUGGCGCAUUCGCAGUCAUUUUUGUAUUUGCAACUUCCCUCGAAGCCGGAACUCGUUAGACGCCAAUCGGCAUGGCUACUGCAACUGGUGAACUGUCCAAGAAUGAGCUGAAACGCCGUCUGAAGGCUGAACAAAAGGCCAAGGAAAAGGCUGAGAAGGAAGCAACGCGUUCGGCUGCUGCGCCACCAGAAGCCGGCCAAAAGAAAAAAUCUGCCGCCGAGCAGGAAGAGGAAAUCUCACCGAAUGAGUACUUUAAGCUGAGAUCGGCUGCAGUCGCUGAAUUGAAGCAAACGCCCGAAAAUCAUCCGUAUCCACACAAAUUCCAAGUGAGCAUCUCGCUGGAAAACUUUAUUACACAAUAUUCUCAGCUUCAGGAUGGCGAGACACUCGACCAGGUCAAUUUGAGUGUAGCUGGGCGCGUUCAUGCCAUACGUGAGUCAGGUGCCAAGCUCAUUUUUUACGAUCUGCGCGGUGAAGGCGUCAAGCUGCAGGUAAUGGCCAGUGCCAAGUCAUACAAAAGCGAGAAGGCCUUUGAGCAGGACACAGCCAAGCUGCGCCGUGGCGAUAUCAUUGGCGUCAACGGCCAUCCCGGCAAGACCAAGAAAGGCGAGCUAUCCAUUAUGCCAACCGAGCUGAAGCUGCUCUCUCCCUGUCUGCACAUGCUGCCACAUCUGCAUUUCGGGCUCAAAGACAAGGAGACGCGCUAUCGUCAGCGCUAUCUGGAUCUAAUACUGAACAGCAAAGUGCGCGAAAACUUCCAGAUUCGUGCAAAGAUUAUAUCAUAUGUACGCCAGUUUCUGGAUCGUCUGGGCUUCCUUGAGAUUGAGACACCAAUGAUGAAUAUGAUUGCUGGCGGCGCCACAGCCAAGCCUUUUGUAACGCAUCACAACGAACUGAAAAUGGAUUUGUUUAUGCGCAUUGCACCAGAAUUAUAUCAUAAAAUGCUUGUUGUGGGCGGCAUGGAUCGCGUUUACGAGAUCGGUCGCCAGUUCCGUAACGAGGGCAUCGAUAUGACCCACAAUCCUGAGUUCACCACUUGCGAAUUUUACAUGGCGUACGCAGACUUUUACGAUUUAAUUGAGAUAACUGAACAAAUGAUUUCUGGCAUGGUUAAGGCCAUACACGGGUCGUACAAAAUUAAAUACCAUCCGGAUGGGCCGGAUGGUGUCGAGCAAGAGCUUGACUUUACGCCACCUUUUAAGCGUCUUUCUAUGAUCAAAACACUCGAGGAGAAGCUUCAGGUUAAGUUCCCAUCGGCGGACACAUUCAAUAGCCCGGAAACCAACGCAUUUUUGUCCCAAUUGUGCAUCAAACAUCAGGUGGAGUGCCCGGCGCCACGCACCACAGCCCGUCUGCUAGACAAACUGGUUGGUGAUUUUAUCGAGGAGACAUGCAUUAAUCCAACAUUCAUUUGCGAGCAUCCGCAAAUUAUGUCGCCACUCGCCAAGUACCAUCGUAGUGUGCCUGGCCUUACCGAGCGUUUCGAGCUCUUUGUGGCCAAAAAGGAGGUGUGCAAUGCGUACACAGAACUGAACGAUCCUGUGGUUCAGCGCGAACGAUUCGAACAGCAGGCUAACGAUAAGGCCGCAGGCGAUGACGAGGCUCAAAUGGUGGAUGAGAACUUCUGCACGGCGCUAGAGUACGGUCUGCCACCAACUGGUGGCUGGGGCAUGGGCAUUGAUCGACUGACCAUGUUCCUAACCGACUCCAACAACAUUAAGGAGGUGCUGCUGUUCCCUGCCAUGAAACCCGAGGAGGCCAAUCGCACACCAGCAGCUAAUGCCACUGAAGUACAGCAGUCCGCCCAACAAUAGAUGAACAUCCUUUUACCCAAUGACACACCCACACACAAUAGUCAUGUGUGUACCGCUUCUGUGCACUGCUUUAAAUUAUUCAUUGAAUAAAAAAUGUAUUAGUUUCAGACUUCAA